CAUUAAGUACCUUCAAAUCGUGGUGGAACCGUCACCUCCAUCCCUCUCCAGAAAUCUUCUCAUCUUCCCAAAGUGAGACUCUGUUCUCGUGUCCCGCAGCCCAGCCCCUGGCACUCGCCAUUCCACUGUCUGCCUCUACGAAUGUGAUGACUCUAGGUACCCCCACAAGUGGAGUCACUCAGUGUUUGUCCUUCUGUAUCAGGCUUAUUUCACUUAGCAUGAUGUCCUCAAGGUUCGUUCAUCCAUGUUGCCGCAGACUCAGGAUCUCCUUCCUCUCUAAGGCUGACUCCCGUCCCACUGUGUGGAGAGGUAACAUUUUCUCCACCCAUUCAUCACUGAUGGACGCUUGGGCUGCUUCCUCACUGGUUUUUAAAAUUUAUUUGUGGACAUCCAAACAGUGGAAAAUUGUGAGGCGAUUUUUAUAAAAAUGAAUGAGGCAGCCCUGCCCUGCCAUGGAAAGGUCCUCAAAAUGCACUGUGAGUGAAAAAUCCCAGUGUGGGGAGUGUAGACAGCAUGCUAUCUUUUUGUGUAAUACGGACAGAAAAGGGCGAUACGUAUUUACAUUUCCUUGUCUUUGCAUAAAGAACCUACAGAAAGACAAGAAACGAAUAAAAGCAGUCACUUGUGGGUGGAGCGAAGGACCCUCAUUACGUGGCUGUUUUUGUAGACAACGGACGCGAUGCUCUGAUCACUCUGCACACUCCCCUACCCCAACUCAGUCACUCCCCACGACCCUUCCAGGAGCCACUGCCCGGCUCCUGACACCUAAGCAUAUGCUCCCACGAUCACAGCACGUUGCCCCCAGCUCCGCCGAGUCUCUGCACACGCUGAUCAGUCCGUCUGGCAUGUCUCUCUGCAGACUCCUUCCUGCCCUCAUCCCUCAGUGCAGCCACCCUUGCCCAGCCCAUUCCAGGCAGGCUGGAGCUCCUGCUGGAGGGAGGAGGAGCUGGCUGUCCCCGGGGGAUGGAGGAGCAGCAGCGUCCUCGGUGUCCCCAGCUGUCCUCAUGCAGAGGCCACAGGCAGGCAUGCCACAGACGCUGAGUGCCUCCGACAUGGUCACCCCAGGCAGCCUCAGCCCACCCACCACCGAGCCCACAGAUGGCGAACAGGCCGGGCAGCCCCUCCUGGAUGGAGCUCCAUCCUCGGCCUCCCUGGAAACACUGAUCCAGCACCUGGUGCCCACAGCCGACUACUACCCCGAGAAAGCCUACAUCUUCACCUUCCUGCUGAGCUCUCGCCUCUUCAUCGAGCCCCGGGAGCUCCUGGCCCGGGUCUGCCACCUGUGCAUCGAGCAGCAGCAGCUGGACAAGCCGGUGCUGGACAAGGCCCGGGUCCGGAAGUUCGGCCCCAAACUGCUGCAGCUGUUGGCCGAGUGGACCGAGACCUUCCCGAGGGACUUCCAGGAGGAGUCGACUAUCGGGCACCUUAAGGACGUGGUGGGCCGCAUCGCCCCCUGUGACGAGGCAUACCGGAAGAGGAUGCAUCAGCUCCUACAGGCUCUUCACCAGAAGCUGGCGGCUCUGCGCCAGGGGCCGGAAGGUCUGGUGAGUGCCGACAAGCCCAUCUCCUACAGGACCAAGCCGCCAGCCUCCAUCCACAGGGAGCUCCUUGGUGUCUGCAGCGACCCCUACACACUGGCCCAGCAGCUGACCCACGUGGAACUGGAGCGGCUGCGGCACAUCGGGCCGGAAGAGUUUGUCCAGGCCUUUGUGAACAAGGACCCUCUGGCCAGCACAAAGCCCUGCUUUAGUGACAAGACCAGCCACCUAGAGGCUUACGUGAAAUGGUUCAACAGACUGUGCUACCUGGUGGCAACCGAGAUCUGCAUGCCAGCCAAGAAGAAGCAGAGGGCCCAGGUGAUUGAGUUCUUCAUCGACGUGGCCCGCGAGUGCUUCAACAUCGGCAACUUCAACUCCCUCAUGGCCAUCAUCUCUGGCAUGAACAUGAGCCCUGUCUCCAGGCUAAAGAAGACCUGGGCCAAAGUGAAGACGGCCAAGUUUUUCAUCCUCGAGCACCAGAUGGACCCAACAGGGAAUUUCUGCAACUACAGGACAGCCCUGCGAGGGGCAGCCCACCGCUCCCUGACGGCCCACAGCAGCCGAGAGAAGAUUGUCAUUCCCUUCUUCAGCCUGCUCAUCAAAGACAUCUACUUCCUGAAUGAGGGCUGUGCCAACCGCCUUCCCAAUGGACACGUCAACUUUGAGACACUCACCGCUGUCUGCUCAAGUGUCUCCUCCUCCAGGAAGCCUCCCUGGACCUCCCAGGCAGCGAAAGCCCACCUGGCAGGCCUCCCGAAGCACAGCAGGCUGGGCAUCCCUCCAUCCAUCCUCGGUCCCUGCACCCGAGUCCCUGAGCUCCCGAGAAGAAAGGCCAGGCUGACCGGCUCCGUAUCCUGAGCUCCAAAAGGGGCCACCCAGCACACGUGUCUCGGAGUAGCCGGGGAGCUAGGCAGACACUGAGUCAGAGAGAGCAUGCCAGGCAGCAGUGGGACCCCCAGUCUGCAGGAAGGAGGGGGCUCUUCUCCCACUGAGAGCCAGCCCCACCCUAGUGUUGGCCUUAGCAGUGGGUGACACAGUGAGUGUGAGGCCCCACCCAGCCUCCAACUCCAAGGAGCCGUAAGCCCUGGGCCAGUCACCAGUCACUGCUCUGUCUGAGCCUCAGUCUCUCCCUGUGUACGAUGGGGCUUCAACUGUAGCCCACAGAGGGGCUGGGGUAGAGGUGCAGCAUGGCCCUCCAUGGGCUGUGAGUGUCCCCUGCAGGUAGGAACCACAGCACAUGGCCAGACCGUUGGGCCUGGAGCUGCCCUCCUCACAGAUGCCCCAGCAGACGCCACAUGCUGCCCACAGGCCUGGUUAGCGGGUCCGAGGCCGCCUCGUCGCUUAGGUUAGCCCAGGCUGGAGGCGAUGAGGACAAGAUCGGGCUUAGGCAAGACAGUGCAGGGGCCCCGGGGAACUGGGAUCCUCCUCGGCAGGUGAUGCCAGCCCAGAGCCAGGCGUGGGAACCCCUGCCUUUGCCCUUCCUGAAUUGAUGCUCAGAGCUGAGGCCAGGGACAGGUGAGACUAUAAGGUGCUUGUGUGAUCCCAGCUUUGGGGAGCAAGGGGGAGGGACUGGACCUGGCUUCCAGGGCAGAUCGGGGGGUCCCUGCCAUUCACAACUGUGCACUGCUGUUUGUUUAAAGUUGGCAGCUUUUUAAAAAAUUAAAUACAUGUG